AUGGCAUUCCGCGAGAUCUUGGCGGAGGCCUUCAUCGCGGCUGACGCCGCGCGGGGCCUGAAGAUGCGCGUCGAAGCGCUGGCGGCGCACUUCUCGAACCCGUGCAACACCUGCUGCGUCAACGCGCCCCUGCAGCGCCUGCCCCGCUGCCCCGCCGCGCGCGCCGCGCUCUCGGGGCAGGGGGGCGAGGGCGAGCCGCUGGUCGCGCGGCGCACGGGGCGGAGCUGCGCGCCUCGGCGACCGCCUGCGCGCGGGGCGCCGCUGCCCGCGGAGGGCGUCGGCGGCGAAGUGCCCGCGCCAGCCCGCGUGGGCCGCUGGCGCCCUCGCGCCAUUUUGGGCGCGUUCCUCGCGAUGCGCGGUCUGCAAUCUGGGGGCGCGGGCGCGAGCGAGGCGCUGUCGUUCAGCCUGGGCGACGGGCCGGGCCCUCGUCUUGUCUCCCAGACCGGAUGGGGCGCGGAGGUCGCGAUGCGGCCCCCUUCUUUCGCGGGCGGGGCAGACGAGGGCGACGGCGCCACGUCGCCGCGGAUUCCUCUCCGAUGUGGGGCGCGCAGAAAUUUGACGCGCGAGGGCCGUUGCGCCGCGGCGCCUCCAUGGGCGGGCGGGCGACUGCGAGCGAAGCCGGAGUCGCUGGCGACGCGCGCGCCACGCAGAUUGGAGCGAGGCGACGGUUCGGCGCUCUCCCUCGCCGGCUGCGACGUCGCGCCCGAGUGGGGCGAGCAGCGCGCGGAGGUGGUUCUGAAGGAGCGCGGCUGCAAGCCGGUGGAGGUGCUCCGGCAUGCGCGGAAGCCGAAGAGCAAGGGCAACAACGCCGACGUGUCCAGGCAGGACGCCCAGAACCACUCCGCCGCGCUUGCCCCGCGCAGCAGCAGGGGGGCCAAGAGCUCGCAGGCGGCCUGCGAGGCGCGCCGUGAUUGCGGCGACCUCUUCCUGCUCUUGCACUUGCUGGAGCUGCUGGCCGCUGCUGGCGACCUGCUGAACCAUUGCCCUGAAACCGUCGUCUACGCCGGCGACGACUGCGCCAACCGAUGGGCGACGAUGCUGCGCGCCCCCGAUCGGCCUAACAAGUUUGCUGGCAGGCUGCGGGGGGCGCUUUGGGUCACGGAGGGGGGGAUUUUCGACGCCGAGCGUAGGCUGGAGAGCGGGGAGUUGCACAUGCGCCGCGUCGCGGAGCUCCUGGACGAGCGUCUCAACUCCGUCCGCGGCGCACGCUCCGCGGUGGCCGCGGUCCGAUUGGCGGUGGGCGACUGGCCGGGCGGGCAGGGCGACGGGCGCCCGCCGCGGGCGCGCCUGGCCGAGGCGGCCGACGCGGCAGCAUCGGCGGUUUGCGCUCAGGCGGCGUGCCAGGCGAGGAAGCCCCGCGCAUUCCAGACCUGCGCAUGCUGCGCCGCGCAGCAGCGGUCCGAGAAACUCCACUCCGAGUUUCUCGCCGGGGACAGGUGCACGAAAGGCCGGGCCCAGUGCGCGGAGUGCCUGUCGCCCCAGCGGCAUCACCGACGUCGGCCCCUCAUGCCGCGCGUGGAGCUGGCGUCGUCGGCCGUGGACUUCCCCCGCGAUAAUUGCGGGGGCUCGCCGACGUCCUCGAAAAUACUCUUGCACAAGAGGCGCGCGCCGCCAGAGGCGCCCGAAGGAAAGUUGCUGCGCGCGUUCGGCCGCGUCGCGUUCGCGAAGAUCCACCUGUCCAGCAAGGGCGCCGACGCGGCCGCGCGGCAGGGGCCCUGGCAGGGGCAGCAGUCGUGGAGGCAGAAGUUCUUGCUGCACGGCAUGCAGGGCACCGCUGCCACGUUCGGGAACGGAAGCGCUUUCCACGCGACGCGGAGCUUCCCGCCAGAGCCCGACGUGCUCAGGGACACGUUCGUGGCCGUCUUCGCAGGCGUGCCUGACUGCGCGCUGGCCUGCGCGAAGUCUGUCCCCGCGGGCAAAGCGUUGGACGACGUCGCGCCGGCGCGGGGGCCCGCCUCGGCCACCGCUGGCGCGCAGGCCGAGACGAGCGCGAGGGCAUGCUUGAGGAUGGAGGGUCGGGCGGGUCGCGCGGCGACCAAUCCGCGGAUGUCCAGGCUCGAGGACCAGAGGGGCGAGGACACGUUCAAGCUGCGCUGGCGCGCCCAGGCGUUGGAGACGAACAAUUGCCAGGCGUGGGCGGGCGCGGGCGACAUGGCGAAACCUGCAGAAGUCGCGUGGAUUCCCGCCAAGGACGACCCGCGCUUCUUGCAGCUCCCCACGAACGGAGAUGAGGACCCGCCGAAGCAGGUGGAGGGUCGGCUCUGCUGCAGCGUGACGCACUUAAUCAAGAACCUCUUCUCACGGGAGGGGAUGGAGUACGACGUGCCUGCCGACGAUGAGAGGUACGUGGUAAGUCCCAUAAGUCGUUUCCGGAGCUCCUAUUACGGCGUGCACCUGCUGUGCUCCUUAAUUCUGGAGGUCACGGGGGCGACCGACAGCGCCUGCACUUUCAUGAAGACGGACGAGCGUUUUGGCCCGCCGUCCCACUUCGUCACCCCGAAUCUGGCAGACACCAGGCAGCCCCUGAUCCUUACCGUGCAGGAGGAGGAGUACACCUUCGACAACGACUUGACCGAGGCGGAGGAAGUCACGUUCAGCGAGAUGUCGCAGCGCAUCGCCGCGGUCGCCGUGGGCCAGGGGAAGCUCGAAAGGCUUCGCUUGGUCACCAACGGCAUGGCGGCCGACCUCAUGGGCGCGCCCGCGGCGUUCGGCCCCCUCGCGGCGGCCCUCGGUCUGGUCGAGGCUCAGGGUGGAGGCUCGCUGCACCUGCGCAUCCUCGUCCGGCUGCUGCAGGAUCAGCUGCGCGUGCUCUUGGACGUGCUGCAGCGCGACGAGGCGCGCUUCCAGGAACGCCUGAACCUGUGGAUGCCACAGGCGGCGCAGCGCAGGAUCGCGGCGCCGCCGCCCCCGUUCGGGCCCAACGAGAAGCUGCGCUUCAGUGCCGACGGGGGCGCGGAGAUGGCGACUGCAGAACAGUUCGGAGUCGAAGGCGAGAUGGGGCCGCAGGAGUUUUGGCUCUACGAUGGCGAGACCGUGGGCGCCGCGGCGGGGGCGCCGGCGGGGCCCCUCCCGAGCGACGAGCGGAUUGGCGAGAAUUGCCGCGACGCGCGCGAGCUCGUCAUCGGUUGCGGCAUCCACCACUGCAGCCCAUCCUGCUACAAGUACCAUUCCGACAAAAAGUUCGGCUCAAAGAUCGGCCGCCGCUUUUUCUACAACGCGAAAGACUCCACCAAGUGCGCGGCGGUCGUCUCGGCGCGGUGCACCGUGGACGCGCAGGACAUGCGACGGGUCUUGCCCCCGCGCCCGUGGACGGAAGGGUCGGAGCUGGAGCCGCCGGCGAACGAGGGGGGCCGCAAGAGCUACAACCAUAGCCUCUACCCUCAGCGCUACUCAGACCUCUCAGUGGGCGCAUGUGAGGAUUGGGGCUGGUUCCAGCAUUUGAACACCGCGUCCGCGGAGAAGUGGGACCUAGUCGCGGUCGCCGACUCGCUUGAGAUCUCCAGGGAGCUCGCGAUCUGCGACAGCCUGGCCGUGGACGGUGACGACGCUGCGCUUGCCAAGCUCCAGCGCGACCUGGAGCGGCGCGCGCUCGCCACCUUCGUGGGCGCCCACAACGCGAGCUGCCGCGUGAUUUCGCGCGUCGCGAAGGGGGGCCCCAGCAUGGGCGACGUGCCUUGCACUCUUCUCGACGGCGCGCUCCGCCCCAACAGUCAGCGGGGCGACAGGGGGGCGCAGGCCGAGGGCGACGCCGGCGACGAGGCCCAGUCGACCGCCGCAGGGAAGCGCAGGCGGGAUUUCAAGCGCGCGCUGCCGGUGCUGACCCGCUUCGAGACUUGCUUCCGCAGGGCCUCCUGGAAGGGCGGCUGCGAAAUAGUCUUCCCCAUGCUCGUCGGGCGCCUCUCCUGCAUGGCGCACCGCUGCUGGAUGGUGUUCGCGCGGAAAUCCACCCACCUCGCCGCGGUGUCCCGGCGCAGCACUGGGCAGCGGGCCGCGACGCUGGGGCGGCGCCAGCUGCAGCGCGAGGGCGCGGCGGCGCGCGUCAGCCCCGACGUCGAGGAGUUUGACGCGAUCGAGUACGCGCACCAUGCGUUCCAGAUCGCGAGCGCCAGCGGCGGCUCGCUGCGCGACGCGACGAAGAUUCAGGGGCGCAGUGCUGAGCCAGCACGACGACUGGAUGCACCGCGGGACCACCCUAUUGUCCGAGACAUGAGCACGUGCAUCUAUUGCAUAUUGGUGCACCGCGCGGAAUUGCAGAUGCACGUCCGCCCGGCCAGGGAGCUGGGUCCCGAGGGCAGCGGGGGUCGUGCCCGGCACGUCGACAUCGCCUUCGAUUCGUCCCACUCGGCGGCGCGGAAUUGGAUUCAGGGGCUGGCCGCCGAGCCGCGCGCCCCGGAGCCGGACGGCUUCCAGUUCGCGAGCGCGGAGUCGAGCGCGGAGGCGCACCACCUCAUGAAGUCGCCGCUGCUCCGACCCGUGCACCUGCCGGACCCUGGCGGGCCCAGCGACACGAAGGAGUCAGGCGCGGCGGUGGGCAGGAGCUCAGAGCGGGACGCCGCGGCCAGCAGCCCGAGGGGCGGCCAGGAGCACGCGCCCGACCGCGCGGACAGCGAGGGGCGCCCGAGCACGCGCGGCAGUCCGGAGUUCCUGAGAGCAACUUGUGGGAAUAAUUCGUUUGCGUGUCAUAGCACGAGAUGA